AAAACCAACAAUUCCGUCAUGGCAAAGAAGAGAAAGCUCGAAUCUGAAUCCAACGAAACGUCAGAGCCGACGGAGAAGCAGCAGCAAUGUGAAAAAGAGGAUCCGGAAAUCAGAAAUGAUGAUAAACAGAGAGACCUCGACGAAGAAGUAGUAGAACAAGACGCACUAAAGGAGGAAGCUAAAGGUGAAGAUAAUACAGAGGCGGAGACGUCGUCCGGAUCUGGGAAUCGGGGAAAUGAGGAUGAUGACGAAGAAGAGCCCAUCGAGGAUCUGUUAGAACCGUUUUCAAAGGAUCAACUUUUGAUUCUUCUCAAGGAAGCAGCAGAGAGACAUCGCGAUGUUGCCAAUCGAAUCCGGAUUGUGGCGGAUGAAGAUCUUGUUCAUCGUAAGAUCUUUGUUCACGGGCUUGGAUGGGAUACUAAAGCCGAAACACUUAUCGAAGCUUUUAAGCAAUACGGAGAGAUCGAAGAUUGCAAAUGUGUGGUUGAUAAGAUAUCUGGGCAAUCUAAAGGUUAUGGCUUUAUCCUCUUUAAGUCAAGGUCUGGUGCUCGUAACGCUCUUAAGCAGCCUCAGAAGAAGAUUGGAACUCGUAUGACUGCGUGCCAGCUAGCGUCUAUAGGACCUGUUCAGGGAAACCCUGUUGUGGCUCCUGCUCAGCAUUUCAAUCCUGAGAAUGUUCAGAGGAAGAUCUAUGUUAGUAACGUUAGUGCAGACAUUGAUCCGCAGAAGUUGCUGGAGUUUUUUUCAAGAUUUGGAGAGAUUGAAGAAGGUCCUUUGGGGCUUGAUAAAGUUACUGGGAGACCUAAAGGUUUCGCUUUGUUUGUCUAUAGAUCCCUGGAAAGUGCCAAGAAGGCAUUGGAGGAGCCACACAAGACUUUUGAAGGCCAUGUCUUGCAUUGCCACAAAGCAAAUGAUGGGCCUAAACAGGUUAAGCAACAUCAACAUAACCAUAACUCUCACAAUCAAAAUUCCCGCUACCAAAGGAACGACAGCAAUGGUUAUGGUGCACCUGGAGGCCAUGGACAUUUCAUAGCUGGUAAUAACCAAGCUGCGCAGGCGUUUAACCCGGCUAUUGGCCAAGCCCUCACAGCUUUGCUGGCAUCUCAGGGUGCUGGGUUGGGUUUGAACCAAGCAUUUGGGCAGGCUUUGUUGGGGACAUUAGGGACAGCUAGCCCAGGAGCUGUAGGAGGAAUGCCAAGUGGCUAUGGUACUCAAGCAAAUAUCACGCCUGGGGUCUAUCCUGGGUACGGUGCCCAAGCCGGGUUUCAGGGCGGUUAUCAGACUCAGCAACCUGGUCAGGGCAGUGCUGGAAGAGGGCAGCAUGGUGUUGGGUAUGGUGGUCCUUACAUGGGUCAGAUGUAGCCACUCAGAUAUUCCAAUACAGUACUUUUUAUAUUGGCCUGGUGAAUCUUCUGAAGUUAUUAAGGAGCUGAUGCAAAUGGAGUUGUUUAGUUUUUGGAUGAAAUGUUACUCUUUCGUGUCUUCAAAAGCCAUGACUCUUCAAACCUUUCAAGAAGUUUUAGUUUUCCCCUACUUAUUUUCUCAACUCUUUUUAUGAUAUCCCAAAUACAGUGUUCUGAUUUAA